AAAGUUAUAUGAGUAGAGAUAUUAUAAAGUAUCAAGUAGAUUUAAUCAAAAUUGUAAGUAUUGAUUAUAUUGGUGCUUGUUGGAUUGUCAUAUUAACAAGAUUUAAUACAAUACAACCUAAAUAUGAUUUAACUAAUAUUGCCAAUUGCAAUAAGUCUGAUCGCAAUAAUAAAUUUGCAACUAGGUUCAUAUCAUUUACCAAUCAAAGUAUUUAUAAUAUUUCUACUAAUCAAGAAAAGAUACUUGCUAAGAGCACUGCAAAUUUAUUUAAAGAUAUUAAAACAAUUUCUAAUAGAGUAGAAUACAUCAAAAUUAACAAUUCAUUUGAUCUUUUUAUAAAAGAAUUGAAUGACAAAUAUUUCUUAUCACAGAAAGAUAUUGAAGAUCCUCUUAGA